AUGGGCCGCAUCUACGAUGAAAACCAGCAGCGCAUGAGAGACAUCAUCGCCAGCGUCGCCGCCGGAACCACCCCGGCCUCCGACGGCGCCGCAACACUCUUCCACUGGCUCGACGACAUCAUCAACGAGCGGUGCGCGCCCUACGAAGACUUCGACGUGGAAACAGCCCCGGGCGACACGCCGCGCGUGAACGAGUUCGGUACGUGCGUGGGCGUCAACAUCGUGGGCUAUGCGAGCCUGCGGGAGGCGCGCGGCUUGACCUUCGACGAGUGGGAGACCCACGGGCGGCUGGCAGACCUGGCGCGCGGGUUUUGGGGACUACUGGGCACGAGAAAGUGGAUUUCGCGCGGGUACCGGAUGGCGACGAGUGAUAAUUGGCUGUUGGAUAAUCUGUGCAAUGUAUCCCCGGAUCCAGACUAUUACCUAAAGUAUCCGGCGGCGGAACGGAAGGCCAGGAGGAACAAAGACGUCGUCAGCUACUACCGCAUUGUCGCCACGCUUGACGAACGUGGCGGGCUGCACUGGCUGCGGCCCGGAUUGGCGGGGACGCUCCACCGGAUUCACGAACCUGCCCCCGACGAGACAUGCGUCCGCUGCUUCGCAUAUGUCAUUGAGAUUAUAGGCAAAACGCUCUACAACACGCGCGAGGACUUCUGGGUAUUGGCCACGGGGUACGCCCCCAAUACCCCUUUCUUCGAGACUGUGGUUCGCGAGAAGGGGUAUUGCGAGGUGAACUGGCAGCGGGCGUUGGAGGCCAUCACGAGGAUUUCUGAGGAGGAGGAUCGCACGGAGGAGAUACGGGAGGUGGCGAGGAAGACGGCGGAGAGGAUGGUGAGGAUUGAGGAGGAGGUGAAGCGGGAGCGGGAGGCGAAAAGGCUGGAGGAGGAGGGGGAGGAGGCGAAGAAUCUAAAGGAGGAAGAAAAAAAAGUUCGAAAUGAGGAAGCGGAGGUGGGAUUUAGGACCUACGCUAAAAACUGGAGCGUAGCUGCUCCGGCCUCUUAG